AUGUUCCGGAGGAAGUGUGAAUCUGGAGUGCAGUAUGCUCGCUGUAUAAAUGACACAUUUGGCCAAGGAGAUAUAGAUUACAAAGCUGCAGUGCCCUGUUAUCCAAAAUUUGUAGGACCAAAUAAGGUGGGAGAAAUAACUGCAGUGUGUAAGAAAAAUGGGGAAUUUGAGGAUGUUGAAUACAACUGCAUCCUGUUGCCAGUUCAGGAGCUGCUUGACCAGUCCCAGUUCUUGACUGCCACUACAUUGCCAGUAUUUUUGAAACAACUCAAGGACGUCACUGUCAAUUUUACUGAAGAAGUGAUUACAUCUCCUCCCAACAUUAAAGCUAUAGUGAGAAUACUCAUCAAUGUCGCCAACAAGUCUUCAUCCCUCGAUAUCUCAAUUAGCAGAGAUUCAAUGGAGAAUGUCUUGAUAACAGCAGGGGUUCUCACCAUCAAUGGAACAAAGCAAACAUGGAACUUUCUGAAUAACAAUGACACCAAAAGCAUCUCAAGCAACACUGAUGUUAAAAGUGUUAGCUCAUCAUUUUUGGACUCCCUUGAAAUAAUAACAUCUAAACUUGUCAAUGCAACUUUUGACAUUAUGACAGGCUUUAUUCAGUUAAACAGAACUAGAUUCACAGACACUUUCAAUGCUAAAUUUAAUUCUUCAGUGACAAUACAAAUACCAGAGUCUAAAGGAGAUAACAAAACAAUCACUAUGAUAGUAUUUAACUCAUUAGAUAAUGUACUACCUGCAAGAGAUGAGGCCAAUUCAUCGCUCAAGUCCAUAAACGGCAGGGUUGUACUUGUUCGGUCUAGUGGCCAAAUCAAUAAUAUCUCUUUCACAUAUGAUAUUUUAAAUGAUACACUGGAAAACCCUGAAUGUGUCUUCUGGAACUCCAGCCUCUUUGAUGGUCUGGGAGGAUGGGACGGCAAGGGCUGCAAGUUAGUGUUAAACAUAAAUAAAACUGUCACCUGCAACUGCAACCACCUGACCUCAUUCUCCAUCCUCAUGUCACCGAACAGUCCGAAGAAACUCUAUUUGGACAUUAUAACCUACAUUGGAGUUGGCAUUUCAAUGGGAUCCUUGGUCAUAUGUCUCAUCAUUGAAGGCCUCAUUUGGAGAAAAAUAAGAAAGAAUGAAACCUCUUACUUGCGUCAUGUUGCCAUUGUUAACAUCGCCGUUUCCCUCCUGAUUGCAAACAUUUGGUUUAUAAUUGGAGCGGCCAUUUCAGAUGCAGAAGUUAAAAACCCCCCAGCAUGCACUGCAGCUACCUUUUUUAUCCAUUUUUUCUACCUAGCCCUGUUCUUCUGGAUGCUGGCCUCAGCUAUGCUGCUGCUCUACCGUACAACUAAUGUUUUUGGUGGGGGUUUGUCUAAAGCAUCUAUGCUGGCCAUUGGAUUUUUUCUAGGCUACGGAGCUCCUCUCAUCAUUGCAACAGUAACUAUAGCUGCAACUGCACCUGACAACGGAUACAUUCGAGAAAAUACCAUAUGCUGGCUCAACUGGGAUAAGUCCAAAGCUCUGCUGGCAUUUGUGAUUCCUGCACUUUUUAUAGUGGUGAUAAACCUCAUUAUCCUGGUUGUGGUUUUGUACAAAAUCAUAAGGAGAAGGGUUGGAACAACUGCUGCACAAAGAGCGGAAAAGCACGUCUUAGUGGUUAUUGCCAAGAGCUUGGCUGUGCUCACACCAUUUUUUGGCAUAACUUGGGGUUUGGGAGUUGGAAUUCUGGCUGAACCAACAAAUGAAGGAAUCCAUAUUGCAUUUGCAUUCUUCAAUUCGCUACAGGGCUUCUUUAUUUUGGUGUUUGGAACACUGCUGGACAGUAAGGUGCGGUCAGCAAUAGCAUCAUGGUCACAACCGUCCAGAAGUAGGACAGGGAGCACAAGUGCUGGAAACUCAACAUCAAGUGGACUUCGAUUUUUAAGGAACUGGAGACGUGGAAGACAUGGAAGAGAUGGCUACCAGAUGACAUCCAGUGCAUCCAGUGAUUUGCAUUCGGCUAGCAACACAUAAUGUGUGCAGAAAACUGU